CCCACUGUUUGCAAAAUCGAAGCCCAGAUUCUUGAUGCAUUAGUAAACACUCUGUUUCUUACACGAUGGCGCAAGAGUAAGGGUCAUUAUUGUGAAAGAUAUAGUAAGACAUGGGGAAAAGGUCAUAGCAGGAACUUGGAUAGAUGAAAGAUAUAUUAAGACCCGCUCAUAUACCAGUGCUGCUCCCAAUUGAAAUCGGACCCCGCCGGACCCAUCACCCGAACUAGUUUUUGGCGAUUGCACAGUCGUCGGAGCUCCGCCGAAAUCAUGGGGCUUCUCAGCAUCAUCAGAAAGAUCAAGCGGAAAGAGAAGGAAAUGCGUAUUCUCAUGGUCGGCCUGGACAACUCCGGGAAGACGACGAUUGUCCUGAAGAUUAAUGGAGAAGACACCAGCGUCAUCAGUCCAACCCUCGGCUUCAACAUCAAGACCAUCACUUACCACAAGUAUAUGUUGAAUAUAUGGGAUGUUGGUGGGCAAAAAACGAUAAGGUCGUAUUGGAGGAACUACUUUGAGCAAACUGAUGGCCUGGUUUGGGUUGUGGAUAGUUCAGAUCUUAGAAGGUUAGGUGAUUGCAAAAUGGAGCUUGAUAAUCUGUUGAAGGAAGAGAGGCUAUCUGGAGCUUCUUUGCUGAUAUUUGCUAACAAGCAAGACAUCAAUGGGGCUCUUACACCCGAUGAAAUCGCCAAGGUAUUGAACUUGGAUAACAUGGAUAGAACCAGGCAUUGGAAGAUCAUCGGUUGUAGCGCAUAUACAGGUGAAGGGCUGCUCGAGGGUUUCAACUGGCUAGUUCAAGAUAUCGCCUCCAGAAUCUAUGUGCUUGACUAAAUCAUAAGCAGAUUUGGACCUUAUGUUCUUGGUUUCCUUUUGUAUUUGUGAGGAUUUUGGAUGUUAGGAAGUGAGUGUUUUUAUCUCAGUCUCGUCGCCUGAACUUCAGAGCACACAGGCUUGAUUUUUGAACUUACUGAACCUUGAGCCUUGAGGUGCGACUCCAAACUUGUACUGCUUUGUGCUAAAUUGAGGUAAAUACAUGUGCUUCAUUUAC